GCAGCCUGUUCCGUUAAAAUGCGUUUGUUAUAAUUCGACCUGUCUUCGCGUUAGUAUAAAGAUAAUGCGAGGAAAACCAGAUCUGUCGUUGUGUAAAGCGAUAAAAAAGAAACGAGUAAAAAGCGGUAACGCGGCUAAAAUGAAAUGGCCGUGAAAAAAAAAAAUCAUAAAAUGUUGAAAGAGCACUUGGUUCCUUAUUAGGCGAAGAUACAAUAUUUAUUUCUUGUCUCUUGGGAUGAAGCUCUUCCAUCUAUUGUCCUCCCAUUUCUCUAUGCUGAUGCUUAAUUUUCAAAACUUCUAUAUUACCAAGGGACCUACGACAUCAGCUAAAGAAAUACCCAGCAAGUACAAAAUCUGAACCAGGGAGCCGCUUUUGUGCAGAGGGGAAAUUUAUUUCAUCCAGGUUUUAAGGGCUCUGAGGAAGGAAGUCUUAUUUCUGUGAACAUAUUUUGGAUCUUUAAGUUUAUAUAUAUUUGAAAGCGCUGGAGACCGUACUUUCGGAGGAACGUGAAGAUGUCCACUGCCUUUCCUGGACUGGUUCAUGAAGCGGAGAUACGUCACGAUGGAUCAAACAGCUAUCGUUUGAUGCAGCUUGGAUGCUUGGAAUCUGUGGGCAACUCAUCUGUCGCUUACUCCUCUUCGUCUCCAUUAGCUUAUUCUGCCACUGGUACUGAGUUUGCUUCGCCAUAUUUUUCCACAAAUCACCAGUAUACACCACUUCAUCACCAGUCCUUCCACUAUGAGUUCCAACACAGUCACCCGGCUGUUAACCCUGAAGCUUAUUCACUCAAUUCGCUUCACCACUCCCAACAGUAUUAUCAGCAGAUUCAUCACGGAGAACCUUCAGAUUUUAUUAACCUUCAUAAUGCCCGUGCAUUAAAAUCAUCAUGCCUAGACGAGCAAAGAAGGGAAUUGGGGUGUUUGGAUGCCUACCGACGGCAUGAUUUGUCUCUUAUGAGCCAUGGGUCUCAAUAUGGCAUGCACGCAGAUCAGAGACUGCUGCCUGGAUCCAGCUUAGGGCUGCCACCACCGGGUUCCGACGACUUGCAGGGAUCAGUGGAGGCUCAGUGUGGGCUCGUAUUAAAUGGACAAGGUGGAGUCAUCCGCAGAGGAGGAACUUGUGUCGUGAACCCUACUGAUUUAUUCUGCUCGGUACCUGGACGCUUGUCGCUGCUCAGUUCAACUUCCAAAUAUAAAGUAACAAUUGCCGAAGUUAAAAGGCGUCUUUCACCCCCGGAAUGCCUCAACGCAUCGUUGUUAGGUGGAAUACUGAGAAGAGCAAAAUCCAAAAAUGGUGGCCGCUGUCUCAGAGAGAAGCUGGACAGACUUGGGCUCAACUUACCAGCCGGCAGACGAAAAGCUGCAAACGUGACUCUGCUGACAUCACUAGUUGAAGGCGAAGCACUCCAUUUGGCUCGUGAUUUUGGUUAUACUUGUGAAACAGAAUUUCCUACUAAAGCAGUUGGAGAACAUCUAGCCAGACAACAUGUUGAACAAAAGGAACAAACUGCCAGAAAGAAGAUGAUAUUAGCUACAAAACAGAUAUGUAAAGAAUUUCAGGACUUGUUAAGCCAGGAUCGAUCUCCCCUAGGAUCAUCUAGACCAACUCCAAUACUUGAUCUUGAUAUUCAAAGGCACCUCACACAUUUUAGCCUAAUUACUCAUGGAUUUGGGACCCCUGCUAUAUGUGCUGCCCUUAGCACUUUCCAGACUGUUUUAAGUGAAAUGCUCAAUUACUUGGAAAAGCAUACAACAAACAAAAAUGGCAGCACUACAGACUCUGGGCAGAUUAAUUCUAAUUCAGAUAAAACACCUUUGAGGAAAACAACUGAAACACAACCCAAAGAUGGAAAAACAGAAAAGACAGAGUAGCUGUUUACUAGCCUGCUUAAAUGAACAGUAAAAAAAUAUCCUGCUGCUGAAGAUUUAUAGACCUUGGUUUCAUGGACUAAAAGCUAUAAGAAGAUUGUAAAAAAUUAUGUACUAUUUUGUAAAGUCAGCUUUCUAUUUCUCAUAAUUUUAAUGUGCACGUACUCUUCAUUUGUACACAAAGCAUACCAUAUUUGUAACGUCCCUAUUAAGGUCCAGGCUUUUUGUCACCCAUUAUUGUUAUUGUUAUUAUUAUUAUUACUGCUAUUAUUAAUAAUGAGGACGAGAAUGAUUUUGAUAUUGAUAUGAUGAUGAUAAUGAUAAUAAUAGCAAUACUAAUUCUGUUAAUGAUGAAAGGUUUUGCACCUACUUUCAUGCAAGAGAAGACGUUAGUGUAUAAAUUAUGUUUUGUCCAGUUUGGUUAAUAGCCCUUUGGGUGCCUUAUUUGUGUAGUUGGUUCAUACUUUCUUCAACAAAUUCUAUGCAUUGUGCUUAAGAAUGUGUCAUCAGUGUAGAGACACCAUUUGACCUAAUGUGCUUGACACCAUAACAAAAUUACAUCUAAAUCGCAGCACUUUGACAUCUACUUACAACAUAAUGAAGGCCUAGCCCUGCUUCACUAUAAUAGCAGAAAGGCCACUUGGAAAGGCUGUUUAUGGAAAGAAAAACAAAUACACUCAAGUGAGCCAAAUACUGUAGCAUUUAUGCAACACAUUUUUUGUUUAUUCAUUGUACUGUCGCACUCUAUAAUUUGAAUUUUUGUUUGCAUACUAGUUUAAUUGAUGUAUGUAAAUAUAGAAAUCCAAGGAAGAUAUGGUCACUUGUCAUGCAUGAAAAAUACACAUAAAUCAAAGUAAUAAACAUUUUAAAUCAUUUUAAUAUAAACUCCUGAUCCUGAUCUAAUACUACUUUCACAACUUAACAAUUAUAAAAUAGUUAUGUAAAUUCUAUUAUGGCAUAUUAUUCAUAAUUACUACAAUGUUACAAAGAUACUUUUAGAUUAGCCCCGUAACAGACUGGAAAAUCAUUCAGUCUAGUGCCAGGCUCUGCUGGGGGUGGGUUAUGAUUCCUUAAAACACUUUAAACUGGAUUAAGCAGGUAUUGCAACUAAACAUAACGUUUUUAGACAGUAACAACCCACUUUAUUCACAAGUACAAUAUACUCUGUUAAGUAAUAGUUCAUUCAGUUCUACUUGGGCUAUACUUUUUACAUUAUUACUAUAGAUUUACAUCGGUUUUAAAAUCCUUAAUUGGGGUAAUCCUGUUUGAAAACUGACAUAAGGCUUCAAUUUUCGUAUACUGCCUCAAUAAAGGUAUCACUUUAUGUCAAAAUAAACAGCUAAUCAAAUCAAUCAGUUUAUGUUAAUGUGUUUACCACUUCCAUAUGAAAUAAUAUUAAAGACCUGAAGCACAGAAGUUACUAAAUAGUUUCUUGGUUUUUCACUUUAACUGAAAACUACCAUACUAUUGAUUAACCACUUUAAGAGUCUGCUUAUCUGGUGCUGAAUUGUGGGAAGCGAAAGCCCAAUCCUAAAACAUUAUCAAAUAAAUAGCUAAAAACAUACAUUAUUGAUGUAAUCUAGUAUUUGCUGAUACUCAUCAUUUUCUACUUUGUCACAAGACAAACAGCCAAUUUUGCAUUUUCUGACAAAAAUUCAAUUCAUUAAAAAAAUUAUAGAAAAAAAAGUAAUUUUCAUAGAAAGGAAAUUAAUUUCUGUUCAAUAUCAUUGUGUUUAAGCUAAUUUCUGCACUCUGCUCUACAAAGAAAUCAAAGAUACAAUAUCACUUCCACUCAAGGACAAAUAAUUAAGAACAUUAACAUUUCAUUGAAACAAUUAUUGACAUAUUAAUAGGCAUUGUAGCAGUCAAUCCUAAUAAAUGUUACUUAUUAUUAACCAUAAAUUCAAUUUCUUUUUAAUAAAUAUUUCAAAACAAAAAAAAUAAAGAUAUGUGAAACAAAAUGUUUUCAAUCAUAACAGAUAAAACCUGAGAUACUUUCAUUCAACUAUAUGCCACAGUUAAUAUUCAUUAUAAAAUUUAAUAAAUGGAAAACAUU